AUGAACACAUCACAAUGGAAGAUUCCCCAACACAUAGAAUUAGCAGAUCCGCUUUUCUACAAGCCACAACGUAUCGAUGUGCUUCUAAGUGCCGAAGUAUUUUUUGAUUUGCUGCUAGAUGGUAGAAUUUCAUUGGGAAAUGGAUUGCCGUGUCUCACGAAUACAGUUUUUGGUUGGAUAGUUGGAGGUUCGUCGCCCAGUCGUCCAAACUCAACUUCAUUAACAUGUAACUUAACCGUAAGUACACAUGAAGAAAAAAUUGAUGAAAUAUUGAAACGUUUUUGGGAAGUUGAGGAGUAUUCCAAGUCACCCAACCCAUAUACAGAAGAAGAACAAGCAUGUGAAGAUCAUUUUGUCAAAAAUAGUGGUUUUGACUCUGAGGGAAGAGUACAAGUUCGACUUCCAUUUAAGAAAUCUCCUAAAUGUCUUGGUAACUCAUUUGAAAUGGCUCGUAGACGUUUUUUAUCGCUGGAAAGACGACUUGAACGUGACUCUACUUUGAAAUCGAUGUAUGUAGAAUUUAUGGAAGAAUAUGUGUCUCUUGGCCAUAUGUCACCCUACACCCAAUCGUUGAAUGAUUCGCACUAUAUUAUACCUCAUCAUUGUGUUCUCAAGCCCCAAAGUGCUACUACAAAAAUUCGUGUCGUAUUUGAUGCAUCAGCUCGUAGCUCGUCGAAUCAUUCCUUGAAUGAUAUAUUGAUGGUCGGUCCAACAAUUCAGCAGGAUCUGAUCACCACACUUUUCUCGUUUCGAUUGCACAAAUACGCUCUCACUGCAGAUAUUUCAAAAAUGUAUCGGCAGUUUCGCAUAGAUGAAAGAGAUAGAAGAUAUCAACUCGUAUUGUGGAGAAGUAACAAAAAUGAUGAACUCAAGGUAUUCAAAUUGAACACAGUAACUUAUGGCUUAUCGGCCGCCCCAUUUUUGGCAAUUCGUAGUUUGUUUCUCAUUGCAGAUAAAUACAAAGAUUCUUAUCCCCAUGGUUCGGAGGUCUUACGACAAGAUCUUUACGUCGAUGACGUACUUACAGGCGCCGAUAGCAUUGAGACUCUGGCUCUUAAAAGAGACGAGUUGAUCCAAAUAUUGAAAUGGCAUGGUAUAGAAUUGGCAAAGUGGAAUAGCAACCAUGCGUCGCUCACUUCGAAUGAUGUUGAAGAAAUCAUCAUAAAAACAUCGGAUAACGACAUAACUAAAACAUUAGGUAUGUCCUGGAAACCUCAGCAAGAUGUUUUCCUUUAUAGAUUCGAGUUGCCCGAUGUCACAAAUCCAACUAAAAGAUCAAUUUUGUCGAUCGUAUCCAAAAUCUACGAUUUGCUUGGAAUUUUGAGCCCAAUCGUUAUUCGUUGCAAAAUUCUUCUUCAAGAAUUAUGGGUUCAAAAUAUUGGAUGGGAUGAUCCUCUAAACGAUCAUCUCAAGGCUUUGUGGCUCCAAAUCAAAGAAGAUUUAUCGUACAUCCAUCAAGUAGAAGUCCCAAGAUAUGUACUUACGUUGUCCAAUCGACAUGGCGAAAUACAUGGUUUCGCAGAUGCUUCUCAACGUGCAUAUGGUUGUUGUAUUUAUUAUCGUGUCUCAGAAAAUGGUAUGUACAAAACCACAUUACUGAUUGCCAAAUCGAAAGUAGCUCCUAUCAAAGCCCAAUCUCUACCUCGUCUCGAAUUGUGUGCUGCAGUGUUACUCAGUAAAACGUGGCUCAAAAUCAAGUCUAAAAUUGAAAAUUUCGUCUCAUCGUUGUACUUUUGGACAGAUUCGAAAAUAGUACUCCAAUGGCUCAAAAUGCAUUCGUCAACUUUGAAUUGUUUCGUGGCAAAUCGUGUCUCUGAACUUCAAGAAGAAACUCGAAACAUCAUUUGGAGACAUGUCCCAACGAAAAGUAACCCAGCUGAUAUCGUAUCUCGUGGUUGUUGUGCUCAAGAAUUGUCGAAUACCAUCUGGUUUCGUGGCCCAUCGUUUCUAGAAGAAGAUGUCUCAAAUUGGCCAGGAGCUGAAGACGAGAUGACAAUUGAAGUCCCAGAACGCAGAAAAGCCGCCGUCUUUAAAAACACAGCCUGUGAAAACAAUGUCAUUAAUGACAUUCUGGAUAAGCAAUCUUCAUAUUAUAAAUUUAUUCGAAUAAUUGCUUAUGUUUUUCGUAUUUUCAACAGGUGUCCCAUAAGUCGUUCUUUGAAGGUCAAAGAUGUUGUCCACAUAGCUCCUAAGGAACUUGAAGACACCUUUUGGAAGGUCAUCUCACUGGUCCAGCGGUCAUGUUACUCAUCGGACAUACAAGCAAUUAAAAGUGGAACCGUCGCUCAUCCAUCUCUGCAAAAAUUAACCCCAUUUUUGCACAAAAUGAAAGUGGGAAAUGAAGAGAUCAAUGUUCUUCGAGUUGGCGGACGUUUAACAAAUGCUCCGAUUCCGUAUGAUGCAAGAUUUCCUGCCUUGUUGCCCAAAGACCAUCGAUUCGUCAUUUUGUUUGUCGAGCAUUUGCACCGAAUUCAUUUGCACGCCGGUCCAAAGGUGUUGUUGAGCAUUUUACGCCAGAAGAUAUGGAUAAUCAAUGCCAGAGAAGUAGUUCGAAAGAUUGUUCGAAAUUGCGUGCAUUGUUUUCACUACAAGCCAAAAUUGUUGGGGCAAAUAAUGGGAAAUUUGCCAGUUGAUCGUCUUAGAGCUCAACGUCCAUUCUUGGUAACUGGAGUUGACUUUUGUGGCCCUUUCAUGACGUCAUACAGAAUUCGAGGGAAGUCACCCUACAAAACCUACAUCGCAGUUUUCGUUUGCUUCAGUUCCAAAGCUACCCAUUUGGAACUCGUAUCGGAUUUGUCAGCAAACAACUUUAUAUUGUGUCUCAAACGAUUCGUGGGAAGACGUGGAAUUCCCCAGAAACUCUUUUGUGACAACGCAACUAAUUUCGUAGGAGCUUGUAACAAACUGAAAGAGCUCAAGGAAUCAUUUUUUAAUGAUGAAGUUGUCCAAAAAAUGAAAUCGAUUUGCUGUCAAAUGGGUCUUGAAUUCAAUUUCAUACCCCCACGCGCCCCACACUUCGGUGGAUUGUGGGAGGCAGCGGUAAAAUCCACAAAAACGUUGCUCAACAAGAACAUAACAGAGUCGUAUCUUACAUUUGAAGAGUUGCAGACCCUGGUAGUCGAAGUAGAAGCAAUAUUGAACUCUCGUCCAAUUGCUCCCAUGUCAGACGAUCCCAACGACGGGGAGGCGUUGACACCAGGUCAUCUCCUUAUUGGUUCAUCUUUGGUGGCAAUACCUGAACAACAACUUGAUGUUACCAAACCAUCGUUGCUAAAUAGAUGGCAACGUAUUUCGUACCUGAAACAACAGUUUUGGCAAAUGUGGUCCAGGGAUUACCUUCUGUCUCUCCAGCAACGGUCAAAGUGGUUCACCGAUGAGAAGAAUGUCAAUGAAGGACAAUUGGUCAUCAUACACGAGGACAACACACCCCCUCAGCAGUGGCUCUUGGCUAGAAUUACGAAAACAAUACCCGGUCGUGAUGGAAAGGUCCGAGUGGUCGAGUUGAAAACUAAAAAUGGAAUAUCGUGUCGCCCAAUCCAUAAAAUAGCCCCUUUACCAAGCCCAGAAGAUGUUUGA